AAUCCUGCAAGGAGCGGCCGUAGCUCCGAACGUUCCUCUUGUUGGGCAUGUUACUGCUUACUGGACUUCCAAAUCAGAGAGAGGAAUGUUCAUAUCAUUACUAACAAGUUAUUCGCAGGUAGGACUGUUUUUUCUGAUGUCCACGUCAGGCGUGAUCUGCGACUGGCUCUCGUGGCGUGGAAUCUUUUAUUUCAAUGGUCUGGUUUCGCUCUUCAUGUCUGUCUUGUGGGUUACACUCUUCAGGGACUAUCCUUUUCAACUAUCUCGGUUAAGUAAUCAUAAGUGUCGUAAGCCAAUCACCCGUGUGCAGCACGAAGCAGUUCCCUACAGAGCUUUCUUCACUUCGUUAUCGGUGUGGUCGUGUCUCAUUGCUGCGUUUGGAAACUUUGGUGGCAUUUCGGUUUUUAUGACGUUUGGGCCAUUAAUCCUUAAGAAAACUCUCCAUACGACAGAUUUUGCUGCUUCUCAGUACAACACGAUUUCGUUCAUUUUGCAGCUCAUCUUCAAACUUGUUAGUGGGAAAUUGUCGGACCUUUGGAUAUGGUUAUCUGAAUCCAACAAAGCUCGCAUUUUCAACUCGCUUUCUAUUGGUUUAGCAGGUCUAUUGGCAAUUUGUACUUCAUUCGUUCCUGCCCAACAACAGAACAUGUUUUUCAACACUUAUACCAUAUUCUUCUUAUCCACUGUUAAGGUCGUCUGUGCCUCACUCAUAACACUACUUCAAGGUGUUAUUGGAUUUAAUGCUGCUGGCUACAAUAAAGCUGCAAUAAUUGUCGCUAGGUGA